ACAUUUUUACUUUCCUUUUGGAGAGAGCCGGAUAUAUAUUCUGAAUUUCUGAUGCAAAAACAAAAAGCUAAUGCUGAACCACCUGGAGAGCUGUCUGAGUUUGAGCAGAGGAACUUCAUUGUCUCAUCAGAUUCUCAUCCACUGAUGUUAUGGCUUGAGCAAAGAAAUCAACAGAAGAUGCCAGAUAAAUUGCGGUUCUAGCUACCGGUGUUUUCAAGCAAACUUCUUUCUUAGAGCAAGUGCAGUAUUCAGAGUUGUAUGAUAGCAAAUCAGUAAAGCUCUGACGUCGUCUAGCUUUGGGAUGGGUGAUGAGGUUAAACAGCAAAGGUGGGAGUUCAGGAGGAAGGACAACGACAAUGAUUCUUCAAGUGACGAUUCUAAAUCAAGUAGUGAGGCGGCUCACGAGAAGCGUAAACUGGUUUCCGGUUUGAUUUCACUUGAAAACGAUGAAGCAGUCGAUAACUGCAGAGCUCAGCAAACUGGCAUGUUCAUUCCUUGUGGGGAAGAUCAAAACAUGUCAAAGAAAGCCAAAAGGGUGCACCUUAGGAGUAAGAAGAAUAGUAGAAAAAAGAGUAAAACUGGCGUUUACAAUUCUGCUGCUGCUUUGGAUGAACUUAAAAUCUUCAAGGAGUCCCUAUUAGAGAAUCUUAAAGUGACGAGAGAAAAUUUUCUUUCAUGGAUGAGGAAGGAAAUGCAAAAACUGGUGGAUGAUGAUGCCGCCCCGCGACUUGAACGGAGAGAAGGAAGUUCUGGAGGGAAAAAUGUUCAAGUACAACAUGGAAAUGACUUUGAGAAGAACACCAUCUAUAAAGAGAACAUACAGGUGAAUAACGAAAGAAAAAAUGAGGAUAACAUUCAGCAUCAAAACAACUUUGGGAAGAAUGUCCCAGUGCAUCGAGAAAGCAACUCUAAGGAGAAUGUAUUUGCACACCAUCACAACAAUGUGAAGGAGACGGUCCAAGUGCAACAUCUGGAUGAAAAAGUAAAAUUUCAAGUGAACUAUCGGAACAACUUUGAGUUCGGCACAAAACCUCGACAAUGCGAUAUUGAAUCUUUAGGGAGGAGUGUUAAAAGCAAUACAGCAGCUGGUUCUGAUAAUUUGUAUCAUGUUAAGCCAAAUUUUCAAUCCUAUUCCACAGACAAGAACGUCCUGAUGCAGCAUCCCAGUCAAGUACCUUCUUCGAUGUAUUUGACAUUGCCCACCGUGUUAACUAAGCCACGCGGUGAGAACUAUACGCUCAGUACUUCAUCAAGCAAUUAUAUUGGAACACCAUUUGACAUAAACAAACUAGAUGUGAACUCUGUGAUGGUAAAUCCAAUGCUCAAAGUAAAGUGUGGAAAAUUAUCCGGCAUGCAGCAGCUCGAAAGGGAUGGAAGCUUUCCUCAAAUAAGGUCGAGAAAUGCGAAUUGUUUUGAUAAACAACGCAUCCCAAGUUCAAGCAUUGGAAAUGGAUUCCCAGUUCCAUUUCAUCAGGGUGAUGAUAUCGGUCUUAGCAUUCCGAGCCAAGUAAGUUCCGAAUACUUGCCCCGGGAAGAAAAGAACAUAAUGGGUUUAAAGAUGGAAGGAGGAGCUUCAAGCUUCUUCGGCGGAAGCUAUACUAAAUCAGAAGACUAUUUCGCAAACAAUGUCUACCGACACUCCAUGAGUAAAGCUCAUGGUACACACAAGGCAUUUCAAAACAAAGACCUUGAAGAGGGCUAUUUGUUCCCAAAGUAGUAACAGUUGCAACAUGGUUGAACAGUGGACCGGAUUCGAACUUCUGCAGAAAGCACUUUCUGUAUUUAACUUUUCCAAAGCCGGCAACAAUUGAACUAAACUUCUACUGCCCUUCAAAUUUCUUUAAUUCUAGAGGAGGUACUUUCCUGUGAUAUGCUUUGAAAAUUUUGCUUCUGCACCCAAUUUGUCUGUUGGAAAGAACAAACUGCGGUUGUUUAGAGAAUUCUGGAUAACAUUUUGUUUUCUUGAUUUGGAUAUGAUUUGGGGUCUGUUGAUUUUGUUC